AAAUACCUUGAAUGUCAUGAAUCCACAAAUAUCGGAAAUAUCUUUCCAGAAUGAAUGCAAAGAAUACAGCAAAAUGGACAAAUUCAUGUUGAAGCUGAACCGCGUGAGGGUUCAGACCAUGUGCCUUCGAGCCGAAAAGGCUAAACUGGGCAAGGAGAACGUGCAGCUCAAGCUUUACAUCAAGCGGUACCUGACCGACCUGGCCCUGAAGGGAGGCAAGGACCGACCGGUCAGCGUGAAGAUACAGUCGGCGUUGCAGUCUGAACCUAAUGGGAAGAUGCUAAACCGUCCAGUGACCUGCAUCGAGGGAGCGCUGUCAAACGCAGUGCAGCACGAGAAACGCAUGAAGAUCCUGGAGAAACGCAACAGAGAUAUAGGCGACGUACGCGCUUACCCACGGGUGCAGUGCUGGAUGUAAGACGACUGUUUCGGCUUUAGCAAGGCCUAAAACCUAAACAGCCUUGGUCCCGGUUUCCACCAAAACGGAGCGCCAAUUUUUUCUAUAGAAUUAGACAGCGGCGCGGAGCGGAGAUGUGCGGAGACGGAGACGAGAAGUGGAAAUAAUGAAAUUUGAUUUGUUAUUCGACACACUUCUCUGCUUCGCUCCGCGGAAAACGGGGCCUUAGAGGAUUUGGGCCUCCGCUAAAAUUAGCGCGGGAGCACGGAACGACUCAGGGCGUGCAAACGCGGCGGGAACGGUUGGUUUUGUGUUUUUAGUAGGUAGGUAAUUUACCUACUAAAAACACUACAUUAUUCAGAUAGUAUUACAAUGUAGUUCGUUCGUUCGUUUCAGCCAAAUGACGUCCACUGCUGGACAAAGGCCUCCUCCUUUAUUACAAUGUAGAUAAAACCAAAAUUUGUAGGCUAAUAAAACCCUUCAAAAUGCCAAAUACAUAAUAUAAAUACUGGGUGUCCCAAAAACAAUGGUCCCUGCAACUAUCAAUAUCUCUCUUUAUCCUUAGUAAAUGUAUCACAGUUUUCAAGAUGUUUUAUUUUUGAAUUUUUUGAAAAUUGCCACCUGUGUGAUUAGUUUUUCUCAUGAAGUUCAACAAAGUAGUUCAAAAAUUAUUUAAGAAAAGAAAAAAGAAGAAAAGGAUAAUUUAAUUCAUAGUGUGGCAUCGCAAUUGCAGAUUGUUUUUUUUUUAUCCAAAAUCAUAGUGAGCCUUAUCGAUAGUUACAAAGUUAUCCAUUGUUUGUGGGACACCCUGUAAUACCAAAAUAUUCUGUACAAAACAAGCAGAUAUUUUAUGUAUGUAGUUAUUAGAGAUUGCAAAAAUCGAUGAAUUUUCUAGCUAGGUACUAAUACAUAUCUAUUUUUCAAGUAAUGUAAGUUUAAUGUGUUAAAGUGAAUCUAAGGUAACCAAUAGUGUUGUGACGUCUUAUUUAAGAUUGAAAUAAGUCAUAUUAUAUUAUAUGAAUUUUAUUUAAUGUAACAGCUCAUUAAAUCUGGCGAAUGACAAAGAAACAUUUAUGCAAUUCUUGAGAUAUAAAAGAGAAAUAAUGAAUGAUCAGAGCCACUAGAUGCUUAAACCUAAGUCUAUAUUAUCAACUUGUAUGAAUGAGAUACAUUUUAUGUAAGUACCUAAGCAUUUUAAUGUAUUUAAUAAUAAUUUUAAUAUUUGAUUUGUUGGUUUGAUAGCUAACAUUAUUAUGUUUGUAAUUCUCCCUGUUGAUGAAUUACUAUGGCUUAUUGAUUAAAAGAAAUGGUUAUGUUUGGAUUUUGUAUUAAAAAUAAUAAUGUUUACACUAAAUGCGAACUUAUCCUAACCUCUAACCACGCAUCACAU